GCAGGUGCAGUCGUCUGAGAAACAACAGGAUAGUUUUCGUAACAUGCGAAGUUUUCUCCCGCCACUAGCUUGCACUCUUAAAUUCCAAUAGCUCUGCAUGUGCAAACAAUCAAGAAACUCAGGUCACCGGUGACUUACUCGGCAUCUGUGCAAAGUCAACUGGUGUUAUUGAAUGCAGUUGGCCGCAUCCUCCUUUUUGGGUAGCCUCAUCGAGACGGAUUGCGUCUUCCAGAUCGAAGAGCCCUCUUUCAAUCCAUGAACGUCACUUCCAGUGUUUCUCUGUAACUCAGUAACUGAACAGUUUCAGGUUUGCAACACCGCGAGGCUCCCAGCAGUUGAUCGAUCUCGAUAGCCGAUGGCUUGGGCCCUGCCAGAUAACUUCUGCGUGACUAUGAGGCAGAACAGUCGUCGACCAGGUCACUAACACCAGUCCUAGGUGGCUUUCGUUCUGUCCACAGUGUUACCGCCGGCCUUCAGUUUUUUUUUUAAAAAGCUGCUGCUUGGCUUCCCUCAACAAGGGUUGACUCCAGCGCUUCAGACACCGUGAACAUCUUCAUCCUCACCCGGUUAUAAGUCAAAAUGGGGGGAGGCUCCACUAAAACAGCAUGUGACACGAAUGGCUAUCAGCUGUGCUCAAAAGUCGCACAUUCAACCAUGUGUGUGGUCGUUGGCGACGAUUUCCAGUGCGCUUGUGCAACCGGUUAUGAGGCAACAGGGAAAAAUACAUCGGUCAUGUGCAAAGGUACGUAUGUUACUGAGCUGGAAGACUGAGAGGGGCACUCACUUCGAAUCUUAUUCCUAUUCUGAACACGGCCUCCCGCCUGUCAGACGACGAAGCGGUCAGCGGCAAGUCGUAGGUGGUAGUCGGCAUGGCCUGCCUCUAAUUGAGCUUUAGAGGAAUACCAUGGUGGAAGGAUGGACCUAGCGGCAAGUUUCUCAAAGUCCGUGCCUUCUAUCCCGUUUUCAUGGAGGCGCUUCAGUUCUGUCGAUUAUACGUCGGUGCAGAUAUCGACGAGUGUGCAACAGACCAAAAUGAUUGCAGCACGCGGACCAAGAAUUCUGUCUGCCGGAACACGGAUGGGAGCUAUGAAUGCAUCUGUGACAUUUAUCGAACGUUGAGUGCGAACUCUUGCGAAGACAUCAACGAAUGCCUCGAGAAUAGAGGAGGCUGCGGGAACAACAGCGAGUGCGUGAAUCAGAUCGGUGCCCCUCAGUUGUGUAAGUGCUAUACCGGCUACGAGGGCAACAACGACCAGCCCGGAACAGACUGUAAAGAUAUUGAUGAGUGCCUGACGAUGACUUGUGGCGCGCAUUCAAAGUGCGUCAAUACGCCGGGUUCAUACAUAUGCCAGUGUGACAGUGGUUAUACGGAGACCAGCGCCGGUCACUGCGAGGAAAUUGACUACUGUGGAACCGGCCAAAACCAGUGUGAUACUUACUACGCCGACUGUGUUCAAUCCAACGGCGUAUACACGUGCAAAUGCAAAGACUUUUUCAGAGGCACGGGGACCUCCGGCAACUGUACUCCUGUAUCAGGGUACGAAUAUCUGGCCUGCGAGUUACUGGGAUCAAGCUGCAACUCUUACCAGGAGUGUCAGCGUGAGGCGUUAGGCUCAUACUCCUGCAAGGACAAAACUUCGAUGCAGCAGUUGUCGACUUUCUUCUCGGAAGGCGGAAGCGUCAACACCCCUGCUUGGAUAUGGUUUAUUGUUGUCUUCGGCGGGUUCCUACUCAUUCUCUUCCUGUGGUUUUUGACAAAGAAACUCACGGACACGAAAAGGCGCAACGAGACGCAGGAAACAACACUUUACGCUAAUUACACCCCCGCUGUCGCUGCCGCUCCCGCAUAUGGCGCCAUGGACUACUACGGAUAGACGUCUCCGAGAAGAAUCCUUACGUGAUUCAAUGCAGCAUGACGAAUGUGGCGACAGAAUCGCUUGUUUGUUGACACAGUUCUGAUCGAAAUUCUCACUUCCCUACCGAAACCGUUUCUUAUUCGGCACCAUACAUAACUCCAGGGCCGAGCACUAUGCUCCACGACUGAUAAGUGGUUUGUUUGUUCGCUUUGAUACCUUUGUGCUCCUACUGUGUUCGUUCGUUUGAGUGUCUAAUCAGGGAGAUGAAAACUGACUUCAGAGGUUGUUUCUCAGGUUGUACGGUUCGAAAGGGUAUUUAAAAUCCCGCCGGCGAAAACAGCGUUGUGCCCAACAGAAUUGUUGGGACUUAAUCGGAGAUGGCAUUUGUUGUGAAAUAAGGGAAUCAACCUGUUCGGUCGUGAAGUUCGAGAAAUG